CCCCGAGCACCUCAGUGCUCCCUACGACAGGUUACACUGUCGUAGCAGCCCCAUGCCUUUGAUGGGUACGGGCUUAUGAGAAGAGAACAUUUGAAAUUGCAGGUGGCUCCAUCCAUAUUGCUGAGGAGAUUGGCACCAGCACAAAUUCUGGAGGACAAGAGGGAAAGCAGAAGGAGCUCUGGGUGACUUUUUGUAGCUCCAGUGGCUUUCCUAAUCAGGUAUAUCUUGUUCAAAGCCGGGGGCUUGCUAGUCAGCGGAAUAUUCGGAUGUGUCAAUCAUAGCAAAUGUGCUUCUGCUCUUGGAGCAUGAACGGAGCUCACCUUGGCUGCGGGUAGUCCUGGAGUCUCUUGCCAAAUGUCUCAGCCACACCCACGUGCAUGAGUUUGCGCAACUUCUUAGCCGCGCCAUUUGGAGUAUGCUCAGGCUGCUAUUCUGCGGCCUUGUUGAGACACACGCCCAACAUCAAGAGGAGCUUGCCAGAGAUGUCCUUCAGAUGCUAGAAAUCCCUCCAAGCAAUGGGCGACACUGCUUAUAGGCCUGGUGGCCAGCACUCCUAAACACAUAAGAAAACCCCCGGCCCCGUCAUGGGGACCUUUGGGGAGCAGCCGGCCAUUUCCCCCAAGGUCCGCUCCCCUAGCCUGCUCCGAAAGGUCACUUUUGCCGAGGGGCUCACUAGCCCCGGUGGCAGCACGCUCUCUAGUCCCACAGUCCGGAGUUUGCUUCAGAGAACAGCGGAGUCAGGGGCGUUUGACGGAGCUCUUGGGUCGUCUCCUCCGGGGGGCAGGGGGUUCUUCUCCCUAGACGCUCCCACUCAAGUGUCGCCCCCCCACAACGAGCUGCGCUCUUCUGACGCACCGUCCCAGCCUACCACCACCAGCGUGUUGCUCAGGAGGGCGGGGUCUCAGGAAGUGCAACCAGAUAUUGCGCUCACUUAUACAUAUGCCAAUGAAGAGGAUAAUGGGGGGUUGGCGAGCUGGCCCGGGCCGGACCAUUUGCCCCCUCCCUUGAAAACCCCUCGGAGGAUCACGGACCCUGCGGAGUCGAUGGAAAGGGAAAGACCCUUGCAGCGGGCGUCGUCGGUCUCGCCCCCACAGAGGCGCUCCCCUCGGCAUCCCAGCUCCGCUGUCGGCUCCCCCCCCAAGCGCUCGCACCUGGCGCGGGGGGUUUCGGACGCACGGACUGAGAUGCGCGCAUUUGCGGACAAGCUGGGGAAGCUGGCUAUGCAGGACGACCUCGAAAAAGUGGAACCGACGAGCCGCGUGAAAUUCCGGGCGUGGGACGACCUGGUGGUUCAGCCCCCGGACAGUCCGAGCUACCAGGUACCCGAGGGCCUGUUCUCGCCGUCCCUCCCCAUUGUCUCCCCCACUAGCCUCGGGUCCGCAGCUGCAGAGUCUCAGAGCAUUGCAGCGCUCCUGCGCGCAUCCAGCACUCCCCGCCAGCUGUCUCCGAGGGCAUCCAACGGGGGGACACUCUCUCCUCAGAGCCUGGCUCGUCAAAUCUCGGCCUCCUGGGACGUUCACGGCGCGAGCUUGGAACCCAACGUCCCGCUUGCGAGUCCCGUCGGGUGGCGGAGCAAGGUCGCCUCGGGCGUCGUGAACGGCCUCCUUGAGGCACUAGACUUGAAGUUCAACGCCGCGAAGGAAGAAGUGAACACCGAGCUUCAAACCUUCACGAGAGAAGUGCAGGAAAUGAUCGACAAAUCCGCUCCGCCGAAGCCUUCCGUUGGGACCCCGGAAGGAACGACUUCGUUGUUGGGUUUCUUUUCGGGGGGCGGCCGGAGGGCCAGCCGCGGGGGGGAGGAAACGGGGUCACGGCGGAACAGUUUCGGGGGAACGGGGACGAGUCCGGAAGUGGAUGUGCCGAAGCUUGAGAAACUUUUGGAUUCCGCGAAGCAGUGCCAGGCAAUGUCGGCGGAGUCGUUCCGGACGGAGUGCGAGGCGCUGGUGGCCAAACUAGACGAGGAGAGAAAAGACCUGCCGGUGGGCGCGCUCAAGCGGCUGCACACGCGGCUCCUGUUCAUCCUCACGCGCUGCACACGGUUGCUCCAAUUCCAGAAAGAGGGGUUUGCGAUCGACCGGGAUCUGUCGUCUGCUACGUGGAACGCCCCGGGGGGGGGCGACGGGAAGAAAAGCUGGCCGGUGGCCGAGCCGAAGUUGGACCGGGCCUGGACGGCGCGCAGUCCCGAGCGGCGGGGGCCAGGGGGAUCCCCCGGAAAACGGCUAGCGGGCGCGGGGAGCUUGCCCGUGGGAACGGAGGUUCCGUUAGACUGGUUACACUCACUGGAGAAGCAACGGCGGCUCGAGCGGAUUGAAAGCGGUUUGUCGGACUGGUCCGAAAACCUGGAGGGUUUAGAGAACCCAGACGAGGGCCCCAAAGAAACGCCCGCUGACUUGACAAAGGCCGAGCCGUUUGGGCUGGUGCAGAAGGUGACGUCAUGGCGGGCGGCGGCGAUGCGCGCGAAGGACGACCUCGGGGGAGGUGACAUCAGCCCGGGGGCAGCGGCCCCUGCCGCGGAGAAGCCGCCCGAAGCUGGCGACGGCGUCAGCCCAGGGGGGUCACGGCCAGGGGCGAUGCUACCCCCCCUUGCGCGAAGCCCGUCCGAAUCGGCCCGGUCGCCCUCGAUCAAAAAGCCCAACGAGCAGCUACGAGUGAGCAUCCCCAAUGCGGGGGGCGAUGAAGCCGUGGAAAGCCCGCCCCCCUCGCGUGAGAGCUCCGGCGCGCUAACCCGGAUGCAGCCUGGGGGCUUAACCCGGGUUACCUCAGAGCCUGCGCUGGUUUCGUUGCAAAGCGUCGGAAGCGACCAGAGCGGAGCCCGGGGGAGCGGAAAGGCGUCACCGAGUCCUCGGACGGCGGACCGGAUGAGGAGUCGGUGGGCAUGGAGUCCGGACGUCCGAGCGCCGAGCAAGUCGCCGGCGCGGCACCGGUUUGUGGUGUGCCGAAUUUGCGAGCGCCAGGUGAGCAACGCAUACUUGGAGGAGCACAGCCGCCUGUGCGCGGCCGCCGACCGCUGCGACGCCAAGCACUUCUCCCUGGACGAGCGCCUGCAGAACCUUGCAUACGAGAUGGAGUCCAUGCUCAACCCGCAAGACGACGCCCUCACCGACUCCACGCGCGUCGGGUUCGCGGGCACGCCCGACUCGCGCUUCUCCGCAGGACCUUAUGGCGCGUUCGUCUCCCCGCUUAUGUCCCCGAUGCACGAGUCGCUCCUCGCGGGGCGCGGGGGGGGGAGUUCGUUCGGCGGCAGCCCCGCGAUCCGCUCGUUCGCGUCCCCCCUGCGAAGCACGAGUUCGCCGCUCAAGCCGCACGAGCCGAUGUGGCAGGGCCGGGGCGCGCUGAGCCCGCUCAAACUGGGGGGAUCCACUCACAGCUCCGAAUCGGAGCUCACGAAACUGGGCCACAGCAAGAGCAAUAAGUGGCCGGAGAGCCCGAUACGGACCAAGUCCGGGGUGACGACGUCCGGCAGCUUUUCGGACAGCCCCGGACGGCCCCCCGCCGUCCAAACGUCGAUCCACCACCGGAGCGGAACCUGGAGCGAUUCGAGCGGCAGCCCGGCCGUGAGGCGGCCGCAGGGGGGGGACGUGAAGUCGCCGUUUGGACGCAGUGCGUCGUUCCACGAAGUGGAUUACGCGACGUUGGAGGAUCGGAAGCACGCGGAAGCGGUGGCGGCGGCCGCGGGGAUUCUGGAGCCGGCGCCGAAAGAAAGAGAGGGGUCGCCGUCGUCAGGCGCGUCGGGCACGCCGCGCAGUCACGAGCUCCCGGGGGAGCGCAUCUCCACGCUUUUGGCGCGCAAACAGGGGAGUGGCGCGCUCGAGGCCAGUCUGCGGCGGUCGAUGGACCUAGACCUGAAGCAACAGGGCAGCAGUGACUUGGGGUCGGUGCUGCACAGCGGACGGGAAGAGGACUUCUCCGACUGGGACGAGGAGGAGGACACGCGGCGCGACCAGACGGAAGAGGAGAAGUGGGCCAUCACGCAGAUGGAAGAGCUGGUCGACAUUGCCCACUGCGGCGCGGAGGUGACCCCCCAGCAGGAGGACGCCGUCGAGCAGUGCUGGUCGUGCAUAGAGGAUCUCCAGGACUUAUUAGAUGGGGUGUUGCGGGACGAACCGGAAUGGGGGGGCGGCGAGUCGUGGCUGCAGGUGGUGUUCGAGACGUUCGGGCGGCGGGUGGAUCAGAUCCUGAGAGAAAAGCACAAGGUGCUCCAAACGUCCAUUGCCGACGCCGGUUCGGCGCUUCCAAUGGAGGGAGAGGACGCCGGUCCGCCGCGGGAAGACGCCUCGGGGGCGCAGUUCGCGCCGGGCACUCCCUCCAACCCGCCAAAGGACCGCGUGACGAUCGACGACUUUGAGAUAAUAAAACCGAUCAGCCGGGGGGCGUACGGGCGCGUGUUUCUCGCACGGAAACGGGCGACUGGGGACCUCUUCGCAAUGAAGGUGCUGCGCAAGUCGGACAUGAUCCGCAAGAACGCCGUCGAGAGCGUCAAGGCGGAGCGCGACAUCCUGAUCUACGCGCGCAACCCGUUCGUCGUGCGCUUCUUCUACUCCUUCACGUGCCGCGACAACCUCUAUCUCGUCAUGGAAUAUGCAAACGGGGGGGACUGCUACUCGCUUCUGAGGGGCCUGGGCUGUUUUGAAGAGGACAUGGCGAUGAGGUACAUUGCGGAGACGGUGUUGGCGUUGGAGUAUCUGCACGGGCUGGGAGUGGUGCACAGGGAUCUGAAGCCGGAUAAUAUGCUAAUCGCGCACGACGGGCACAUCAAGUUGACCGACUUCGGGCUCUCCCGCGUGGGCCUCAUAAACAGCACCGACGAACUCGCCUCCACUUCGACGGGGGGGUCUUCCGGGCAGGACGGCCACCCCCCCUCCUUGGAAGAGCAACGGCUAAGGCGCGAGCGAGGGGCAGUAGGGACCCCCGACUACUUGGCCCCGGAGAUCCUGCUGGGAACCGGGCAUACCGCCGCCGCUGACUGGUGGUCGGUAGGCGUGAUUUUGUACGAGUUCCUGGUGGGCGUGCCGCCGUUCAACGCGGACUCGCCGCAGGCCAUCUUCGACAACAUCCUCAACCGGACCAUCACGUGGCCCCACGUGCCCGACGAAAUGUCGGACGAGGCGCAGGACCUCAUCGACAGGUUGCUUACCCCCGACCCAAAGCUGCGCCUGGGCGCGGGCGGCGCCGCCGAGGUGAAGCACCAUCCCUUCUUCCGUGACAUCAGCUGGGACACGCUCGCGCGGCAAAAAGCCGCCUUCAUACCGACGCCCGAUUCCCUGGACGACACCAGCUACUUUACCACGCGGAAACAGUGGGACUCCCUCGGGGGAGGGGCGAAUCACCGGACGGCCGAGGGGGGGGGCGGAGAGUUUGAGGAUUCCAGCGAUUAUAGUGGUACGAGCGGAAGUAGUGAGCUGGACUUGCGGGGGGAGGAGGGGGAUAAUGUGAAUGAGUUGCAGGGGUUCGAGGGCGCAAAAGAGCACGGCGCCAAGUUCAACGCCUUCAGCGGGUUCUCGUUCAAGAACCUGUCCCAGCUGGCGUCUAUCAACUACGACAUCGCCCAACAAGACCGGGACGAUGAAGAGGACGCCAUGGAGGGCCUCGAGGAGCUCGAUCCGGAGGGGCCGCCGGAAACGGAGCUACGAUGACAGCAGAGCGGAAAGAGAGCCUCGGGAAUUGCGGAAGUUGCUCCGGUUGGCUGCUCUGCCUUGAUGGGCAGAGGGGGCUGCUACCGCCUGGGCGUAAGCUCAGCUACCAUGGACGUAAUACGAAGUACGAGUGAAGCUAUAACGUGGCAUGCUUUGCCUUGGUUUCUCCUUCGAAGUUCUAGAUCUCAAAGGAGCGCGUAGUGCAGACGGAGGUUGUAAAGUAGGUUGACGGGGUCUAGAAACAGCCCCGAUGGUCAUGAAAGAGUUGUACAGAAACCGGUUAUGACCAACAGUCCAGUGGACGCGAAUUGCGUCAUGCCAUGCCCUUGACCAAGCUUGCGGUCUGGUACUGUACCUUAUCAGCUCAGUUAGAAAGUACACUACUGUACCAGGUAGUUGACAAAAGUACGGUCCAAAGGAACAGGCCGGUUUGUCUGUCACGUAGGUAGCUGCUUCGUCCAAACGAACACAACUUGACCCGGAAACUGAAGCGAGAUCACAGCUUGCAAAGACCAUCCUAGCUUUACUGGGAGUCCAUCCUCUUUUGUGAAUGCAUGAGCGAUUGAAGCAGUCAAGC